GAUGGCAGUGAAUGAAUGCGCCGUUUUCUUUCAGCAAGCACACCCUUCAGCAAGGACACAGUACAUUGCGGCCUGCUAGAGAGUCAUCGCUGUAAACGGCACGAUGUCUUUACGUUUCUGUGCUAAUGGGGGAAGGUGGCAGAGCAUCUGGCAGUGUAUACUUCUGCUAGCUGGAGUCAUCACACAGGGACAGGGAGCUAACAUUCUGUCAGUGGUGACAGUUCCAAGUAGGAGUCACAUGGUCUUUAUAUCACCAUUGCUUCAUGAACUAGCUCAAAGAGGGCAUAAUUUGACUGUGAUUAGUCCAUUCCCACAGUCUCCACCCGUGAAGAAUGUAAGAGAUAUUAAAUUAAACUACAGAAUGGAUAGCUUUUAUAAAGAGAGAAACUUGUCACUUUUUGAACUAGGUGAAACAAACCCACUUACUUUGGUUUUCUUAAGUGGCAUACUUGUAACUGAAAUGUGUAAGGCUGCUGUCAGUACACCAGAAGUACAAGAACUAAUAACAUCUAGUGACCAGAAGUUUGAUCUCCUUAUAGCUGGUGCUUACUCUGACUGUUUUCUUGGACUGGCACAUAAGCAUAAUGCCAGUAUUAUAUAUCAAAUUCCAAAUACUCUCACGUUUAUGUUGGGUGAUCCAGUUGGCAACCCUGGUGCAUAUUCCUACAUUCCUGACAUAUUGCUUAAUAUUCCUGUGAAUAUGAAUUUUUUACAACGGAUGUUAAACAGUGUGUGUGGACUCCUUGUUGAAUUAGUGCGGUUCUUCAGUUAUAUUCCACGCCAACAAGAAAUAAUGAUGACAUAUUCUAGAAAUAUUGACAAUUUUCCAUCUAUUGAUAAGUUGUGGAAAAGCACUUCACUGCUUCUCCUCAACAACCAUGAAAGCAUAGGCCUUCCCAGGCCUCUAACACCAAAUACAAUUCAGGUUGGAGGAAUGCAUAUUAAACCUUCAAAAGAUCUUCCAAAGGAACUUAAAACAGUUAUGGAUAAUUCCGAAGGAGUUAUAUUCUUCAGUUUCGGGUCAAAUGUUCAACCUUCUGAAAUGCCAAAUGACAAAUUCAAUGUUUUUAUCAAAGUUUUCUCAAAACUGAAGCAAACAGUAUUAUGGAAAUGGGAUCAAGAUGAUAUGAUUGGGAAGCCAAGUAAUGUACAUCUUGGGAAAUGGUUUCCCCAAAAUGAUAUUUUGGGACAUAAGAAAGUUGUGUUGUUUAUAUCACAUGGUGGUAUACAUAGCCUUCAAGAAGCUGUCUACCAUGGAGUUCCAGUUUUAGGAAUACCAAUACUUGGAGAUCAAAAUGUGAAUUUAAUUCGAGCUGAGGCUAAAGGAUAUGCAGUUAAAUUACUGUUCCACAACAUUACAGAAGAGUCUUUACUAUGGGCAAUCAGCGAAGUCUUAACACAACAAAAGUACCGGCAGCGGGCAGCGGAACUGUCACGGUUGUUCCGCGACCAGCCACAGCCGCCACUGGAGCGCGCUGUCUACUGGACGGAGUACGUGCUGAGGCACGGCGGCGCACCGCACAUGCGCAGCGCGGCGCUCGACCUCAGCUGGUGGCAGCUGCUGCUGCUCGACGUCGCGGCCUUCGUCGUCGUCUGCGCGCUGGCGCCAGUCUUCCUCUGCCUCUGUGUGGUCCGCAGGUGUCGCCGCCCGCGCGCCACACGUGCAGCCUACGCUGAGUCGAAGAAAAAGCAGUGACGACACCGGCGCUUCGAGGCCCAAGAUACCUUUUUGAGUUCAGUGGGGUCAAUCACUCGCACGCCAUAUAAUCUGACUUCUCCCCACUGCAGUUAUGUCAAUACAAUCAAAAAAAAUUCUCUGCAUUCAUCAGAACAAAAAAUUAGCAAUUUGUGCAACACAGCAUUCUAAAUAGUGGAUGAAUUGAUAUGCUGAGUAUAAAACAUAACUAAUAUUUUAAUGAAAAUUUUGAAGCAUUACAAUUCGCAUACAAAUUUUCUUUGCUUUAGAUUAGAUUAGAUUUACUUUCAUUCCAAUUGAUCCGCAGUGAGGAGGUCCUCCAGGAUGUAGAACGUGUCAGAAAAGCAAUAAUAAUGGCAAAUAUUUACAACUAAAACAGAUAAGCU